AUGUUGAUAUUUCCGUGCGAUUUUAACUACACUUUUCUCAACUUGGCGCAAAGUUAUAGUCGUAUUCCCAUCUUUAUCUUUGUUUUUCCACUCAAAUUGGCUUCAAAUCCAUUCAACGUUUACCGAAAUGCCUAACAUUAAACUGCAGUCCGCGGAGAUGGAAAUCUUCGAAACCGACAUCGAGAUAGCAAAGUGCUCCGGAACUAUCAAGGCAAUGCUGGAGAAUUGCGCCUCGGGGAAUGAUGAGGAUUCCGUUGUCCCUCUGAAGAAUGUGAGCUCGACCAUUCUGCGUAAGGUACUGAUGUGGGCUGAAUACCACAAAGACGAUCCCCAGUCGCCUGACGAGGACGAGAAGCGCGAGAAGGUGAAGCGCACCGACGACAUUAUCCCGUGGGAUGCCGAAUUCCUCAAGGUAGACCAGGGCACACUCUUCGAGCUAAUGCUGGCCGCCAAUUAUCUGGAUAUCAAGGGUUUGCUCGUGGUGUCUUGCAAGACCGUGGCCAAUAUGAUGAGGGGUAAAACUCCAGAGGAAAUGCGCAAGACUUUCAACAUCAAGAAGGACUUCACUCCCGCCGAGGAAGAGAAGGUGCGCAAGGAGAACCAGUGGUGCGAGGAGAAGUGAGCUGAGCAGCGGAAAGCGGGUGGACCAUCGGGGCGCCGCCAUCAGCUGCUGGUUGACUACACAAUAAGUUAAUAAUUUUUAAUAUCAAUCAUAAAAGUCUCUGAGAUCUAGGAGAGACAUCACUCAUCAAGUUUAUUAGUUCAAGAAUGUGUACUUUCCCUACAAAUGCAAUGUACCCCUAUAUUCUUCGAGUACCGGAUGUAAAUAUGUGAAAUCGCCCCAUCCGCAAAUUUCGCUCAACACACAGUCUGAAAUAAACAACAAAUAAUAAACACCA